GAGUUUUUCUGAUCGUGCUGUAUGCUUUUUAAAACUAUCGCUCCAAGAAGAACCAACGCUUGAUCACUUUUUGGUAACUUUUAACUUUUAAAUCCGACUCCUGAACUUUUCUGUUCAGGACUCAAAAAUGAUAAUCCGGGUUUUUCUGUUUUCUGUUUGGCUCACGGUCCGAUUUUUCUUUUUUCCCAUCGCCGAAGCGAGAGUUGAGUGUGAGGUGAUUGGUUCCCCCACGCCAGUCACAGCAAAGGAGAAGGAGGAUGUCGUCCUGCUGUGCCACAUGAAGCCGAAGCAGGACGUCACAAACAAGACGGUGGAGUGGAAACUCGGGAAGAAAGUGGCGCAUCUAUAUCGAAGCCGUGAUGAUGAUGUCUACUCUCAAGAUCAACAGUUCAAAGGUCGAACGUCUGUCUUCCACCAAGAAUUGGUCCAAGGAAACAUUUCUCUGAAACUAAUUAAUAUAACUAAAGAUGAUGCAGGAACUUACACCUGCAAAGUGUUAAAAUGUCAAGAUCAAGUUCCCCUGAAUGUUGAUAAAGUAGAUCCUGGUCACCAAAGGAAGGAUUUAAAGAAAGACUCAUCAACAGAAGCAAUUACCAUAAUUGUCAUCGCCAUCGUCAUCGUUGCUGCUGGAGGAUUUCUCUUAUGGAAAUGUAGGGCAAGGAGUGAGGCAGCAGGACAAGAUACAGCAAGGAGUGAGACAGCAGGACAAAGACAAAAACAUGAAGACACACCUCUACUUAAACCCGUUUUUGAUGCUGAACUCACAGGAUCUCACCUGAGGCAGCGAAGCAAAUGAAUCCACUGUGGCAAAAAAUCUAUUAAAGUUACAUGGUUUAAAUUCACUACAUAAAACACACACACAAAGUGUGUGUUCGUGUGUGUAUGUAUACAGUCAAUAAUUCCUUAAUAUUGAUGAAUAAGUAUUCGGCACUCAGAAGUAGAACUUUUUUGUCUAUAUUAAAGAAUUAUUUAUUUCAAGCAAGCUUUCUUAUCUUACUGAAAAGGUACCUGUUAGUUUUGUCUCAUCUCAAGUGUCGGAGUCAUUUAUCUUGUUUUCCUGUGUUUAUUUCCACUAUAUGCCAGUUGUAGAAUUUGUU